AAGCAUUCAAAAAUCAUAGCAACUCGUGUGUUAACAGACAGCUCUAGAAGCAAAAGUUUACUGCUGCGAAAAAAAAUUAAUUUAAUAGAAAAAAAACCAAUUUUUUCCUCGAUUAAAUAACCAAAAGCCAGCCAGACAAUGAGUGAUCGCAAAGCAGUUAUCAAAAAUGCCGACAUGGGCGAAGAAAUGCAACAAGAUGCCGUCGAUUGUGCUUCGCAGGCUCUCGAGAAGUACAACAUCGAAAAGGACAUUGCUGCAUUUAUCAAGAAGGAAUUCGACAAAAAAUACAACCCAACAUGGCAUUGCAUCGUCGGACGUAACUUUGGAAGCUACGUGACUCACGAGACCCGCCACUUUAUCUACUUCUACUUGGGACAAGUCGCGAUUUUGUUGUUCAAGAGCGGUUAAGAUCUGUCGCUCGGAGACCUUCAAAACUACUCAUCUUAUUCAUUCAUCUUCAUCAGCAUCAUCAUCACUCUUUAACGUAACCGAAAAAUGAGAAAAAUUUAUCACUACAUACGACGACGAGGUAAAGUGAUAAAAAAUCCACCUUGAACGUGUGUACCUUUCAUAGGCGCCAUGCCGCGUCACUCGUACGUUGAAAAAUAUAAAUAAAAUUUUGCUCUAAUCUAAAAAUAUUCCAUCCGGACGCAAUUAAAUUAGCUUGGUAGGAGACAGCACAUACACACAAACACACAGUUUUUCAAAAGGAAAAAUUGUCGAUAGGAAAAAGGAAGAGAAAAUUUUAUUCUAGAUGUGCACUUACUUAACAUACAUUGACACACACACACACACAUACACACCUCUUACCCAAUGAUAAAAAAAAAUUAUUAAAUUCCCAUCCUACACAUUAAAAGGCAUGUUAAAAACCCACGAAAAUAUAGGUAAUCAUUUAUUUUUGAUUAAAUUUCUCUUUUGACGACAAACGUUGCCUUUUAACAUUAAUUGUCAAUUCGAGUUGAUUUUCCCGAAACAAAUUUUAUUUUUGAGCAGCUAAAGCUUCCUUUUCCAAAAAAAAACAUAAAAACAUGAAAUAAAAACACAUAAAUGAAGAAACAGUCUUUUAGAUAAAAAAAAAAUAAUAUUUACUCAUAUUAAUGAACUAAUUAAUUAAUUAAUUAAAAAACAUAGAUUUAAUUACAAAACAAUGAACUACCAAAAUGGAAAAAAAUUCAACAUGCAAAGCCACAGCAGUAAUUAAAAAUAAAAUAAAUAACAAAUUCCUAAUUAACAAAAAAAAUAAUAAAUUAUAGAAAAAAAACAUGUAUCUUUUACGUUUAAAAUUGAUGUAAAAAUUA